GACCAUGGUAAGGACGUAGAGCGAAGUGGUGCGCUCUGACGGCGUGUGUCAAUGUCUUAUGAAUGACAACCGCCGUUUCAGGUUAUGUGACAUUGUGGCAGUGCAAGACACUUCAGCAUUAAAGUGAGUUACGUUUUAUUGUCCGGCCUGGGGGAACGCAGGUGUGAAGGGGAGGGUCGCUGGAUGAAAUGCACCCCGGCUGCUGGACAUACUGGUAGAGGAGCGCGGCGCAAGGUUGUGUAUUCUGCGUGGUUAUUACAAAACCUCCUGCGAAGUCUCAUGUCAGCUCCUGCCUGGAUUUGUUGUCUUUAAAUCUUGUGAGAGAAAUUUACCCGGAUCAGCUGAGCAGGGGAGCGACUUGACCCCCCAAAAAUAGUUGUUAUACAUCGACAGAUCCUGGUGGAAAGAAAAUUGUCUUUCCUCGCCUGCUCCUCCUGGACUCUUUAUCCAAAGUGCCAAACUCAAAGCGUACAGGCGACUUUUCCUGCGCAGGAUGUACACAAUUACAAGGGGUCCCAGCAAACUGGCCACCCAGCGACGGACAGGGCCUACGCAGCCGGUUGACACCAAAAUAAACGACUUCAAGCACAAACAAACGUCCUGGGGCAUGCCUGACCUUCCUGCCCCAAAGAUAGUUUUCAACCGGCCAAAUGGUAAGAAGUACCAUCAGCCUGCUCUGGCUCUGCCUGCAGACAACCAGCAGGAAGAGAGAUUCACACCCGCACACGAGGAAAACGUUACAUUUGUCUACAAUGCCUGGCAGGAGGUGGUGCAGCAGGAUCCAGAGGAGGCCCAGGCAGCAGUCGACUAUAAAGAGACCAGUCCCAGUCCACACCUGAAAAAUUUCAUGCCUUUAGAUCUGGAUGAAUGGUGGGCCCAGCGUUUCCUCGCUAAUAUAGACAAGCUCUCAUGACACUCUUCUGGGAUUUGUUGAUCUUGACGGACGGUCAGGAGUCAGGAGGUGAGACCUGAAGCAGGACGACUCACAGAGAGGACGCCUGGGCAGAUGGGAUGGGUCAAAAUGCCCUGAAGUGGUUUAAAUGGAUUGAAAGCGCUGGGACGCUUGCAAAGACACCACAGAGAAUCCCUUCUCUUGAACUCUUGCCUCUACAAUCCAUCUGUCUCCAAAUGUAUAGUCUGCGACAGACUGAACACUGGAGGAGGACAUCUUGAAGUUGAGGUUCCUCUCAUCUUUCAUAUGUCAUGUUACUUUGAAAUGCAGUAAAGUUGUAUUUUCAAGUA